GAACGACUUACUGAUUUAAUUUGAAAGCGAGGAAUGCGCAUGCGCUACAAAAUGAUGUAAAAACGUGGUUUGCAGUGAAAUAACCGAUUGCUUUGUAAGAAUUUAUCUGCUCUGUGGCAACAGGACGAAAUAUUCUAAAUACUUUUAUAGAGAAGCCCAGUUUGGGGAAAGAAAACAAGCAUGUCAGACGAAGUGAAAGUAGACGCUAAGGAAGAAAACGGCAGUACUGAAACGGAAUCUAAGCCGAAAGUUGUAGAUGAUGAAAAGCAAGACUUGGGACCACCAAAUGCUCUGGAACAAAAAAUUAUUCGACAAAUUGAGUACUACUUUGGAGAUACCAAUCUACCGAGGGACAAAUUUCUUCAAGACGAAAUGAAAAUUGAAGAUGGCUGGGUUUCAUUAGCAACAAUGACAAAAUUUAACAGACUGAAACAACUGACUACAAAUCACAAAAUUAUUGCCACAGCUCUACGAAAAUCAGAUUCUGGACUGGUUCAGAUUAGUAAGGACAGUGUCUUUAUCCGCCGUAAUCCAGAAAUGCCUAUCCCAGAGAACACAGAAGAAAGAAGGAACGAUUUCAAUGACAGAUCUGCUUAUGUUAAAGGAUUUCCACUAGAUGCAUCACUAGAUACUCUGAUUGCACACUUCGAAAAAUAUGCAAAAAUUGACACUGUAUAUAUGAGAAGAGAUCAGGACAAAAAAUUCAAGGGAUCAGUCUUUGUCACAUUUGCAAAUAAAGAAGAUUGUGACAAGUUCUUGGCAGAACCAGAAACUAAAUACGAGGAUGCUGUGUUGAUAAAAAAGUCAAAAACUCAGUAUUUCAAGGAACGAGAUGAGGAUAAAAAGCAGAAAAAAUUAGAGCAAAUUCGAAAAAAGAAAGAGGAUCAAGAAAAAAGAGAAGAUGAAGAGAAUAAGAAAAUGGCUGACUCUAUCACACGUGGAGCUGUGUUUCAGCUGUCAGGGUUUGAGAACAAGGAACUGUCGAGGGAGGAUUUCAAAACGUACUUCAAUGACUAUGCCAAAGUGGCUUGGGUGGACUAUGACAAAGGAGACACUAAGGCCAUGAUUAGACUGUCUGAGGCCAACACAGCCCAGUCAACACUAGAUAAGGUGAAGGCGGACCAUGAUGGAAAGUUAGAGGUCUUGGAUUGUGUUGUGGAGGCAAAAGUCCUGGAAGGUGAUGAGGAAUUGGAUCACUGGAGAAAAAUAUUCAAAGACAUGGCAGACUCUAGAAAUCGUAACAAAUUCAGCAGGAAGAGAAGACACGGAAAAGAUGGGGGAAGAGGAGGACCCAGGGGUAAGAAGAGUAGGGCUGGUGAUGAUGGAGGAGAUGGAGACAGCGAUGGGGGAGACUGAGGAGGAAGACAGUGGCAAGACCUAAUGUAAUGAAGAGUUUUAGUCGAUGUUUUAAAGGAACAAGCCGGCCAGAAAAUACCACGGCAGAUUGUAGUGAUGCUCUACACCUAACACAAACUCUGUUUUUGUUGUGGUGACUCUGGUUGCAACACAUUGGAUAUAAAAGAUGUUUCUAUGUUGAAUGCAGAAAUAUUUCUGUUCAAGUCAUUCUGUUAAAUUCAUCCUUUAUGUGAUCAUGUGAAAUACGAGAACAUUUUUACAAUUUGUGAAUUUUGUUCAUUGUUGUCCAUCAUUUUAUUAUUUUUUUUUUGUAUACAUUGAUUGCAAUCUAUAAAUAUUUUCAAUGCAGGCUUGAAUGUUAAUAAUAACAGAAUAUAAAUGCCAGGAAUUACGUGAUAAAAAGCAAAUAUUUGUGGUGAAAAAAAAAGCAUAGAUGUGUAAAGAAAUUUAGGGUUUAAUUUUACUUUAGAUAUACCUGUACCUGAUAAAAUUUAUUAACAUUAUGUCAAUAGAGGUAUCUGUAAAAUCAUUUAUAAAAGGAACAGUAUGCUCAAAUUUUGUUGAAAAUAGAUUGUAUUUCCUGUCGAAAAUCAUUAAAACAAUAUUUUUGUGAAAGUUUGAGAUAACUGAUUUUUUAAAAUAAAUUGUAAAGUAAGUCAU